UUACACUCAGUAGUAUAUCUGCAUCGGCCAGAGUAGCACUGAAACAAGUUCCAAAAUGAAAAUCUUUACAUUUUUCUUUAUUGCUGCUUCAGUUUUCAUCUGUCUCCAGUCUGUUAAAGCCUUCGAUUUGUUUUCUACAAAAUCAAAUGUGAAAGAAGGUGAUGAUGAUUCUGUUCUCAAAUCUAAUGAUCCUCUAAAUCGCAACAGCAUUUACCGCAAUGGUGAAGCAAUCUACGCACGCUCUCAUCAGGAUCAUAAAGUUCAUAACAAUCUGCAAGAGGACACAUCCUCGGCUGUAGUGAAAGAUAAAAACGGUAAUGUACAGGAAUCAUCACAAACCUAUAUUACCAAUAGGAAUAUAGGUUUGUAAAUUAAUGUUCUUAAAAUUGUAAUUUUGCAAAUGUAUUUCAUAUGUCAAAAUUAAUUGUUAAAGAGUAUUUAUGGCAAAUAAAUAAAAUUAUUCACUUGUCAAUAGAAAAUAA